UAUAAUCUUUUCGAAAAAUGGAUAAUAAACUUGAUGAAAAUAAUUAUUAAUAUUAUACUUAACGCACGUGUCUAACUUUCAUAGUAUCAAUCGUCGUAUAAAAUGACAUUGUAAAUGAAUUUGUAAAAGAAAGUGACUUGUUUUUCGAGGAGGGGAGAAAGUGACCCAGAGAAGUUCUCAGAAACUGAUCAUCAUCCUUUCGUAUCGUUUAUCGACAGUCGCACGUUGAACGUUUACAAGUAAAGAACACGGUAUAUACGUGCGUGUGUACGUCUGUGUAUUAAAAAUAUAUUUUAAACAUCUAAUUACAAUAAUUGAAUAAGAAUAUAAUUAUAUCGUAAUUUUUGAUAGUCAGUUAGAAAAACAAACAAAAUAUCUAUUAGGACGUUUACUUUAUUCGUCAUCACUUUACUUUCAAGAUAUGCAACGGUGAUACACACGGAGAAAGCGGGAAAUUCCAGAGUCAUUGACAACGAUUAAUAUAAAGGUAUAAACGAUUAAAAAUUAUGUGACGUAUAGUUUCUUUUUUAUUUUAAAUUUUGGAACAUACUGUAUAUAAGAAAAGUGAUAAUUAAUUUAAUCUUUUUAUCAAAUUACAGAUCGCGAAAAUCAUGAGACGCUUGCGUACACAUUUAUCAAUAUUUCUGAUAACAUCGUCAAUGAUCAUCAUAGAUAUUUCGGGUAUAUUAACAAAGAGGAAAUCUAUAUAUAUAUUUACACAUUAUUCUUUCAAUAAUUAAUUAAUUUGACAAUAAGAGAGGGUGAAGAAACAAAUUAAAAAUAAUUUAUUCUUCUUUUUUUUCAUUUGAUUUUGUAUUUUAUGCAACUAUUAUUAGCCGAGUCCUUGUUAACAUCGACAAACGACACAAAUAUACUUGGAACUCAUAAAAUAGGACCAUGGAGUGAAAUUUUAGAGGAUUGGAUCGUUUCUGCAGCGAAUCCAGGUACGUCAAGAGUAUCUAAGGUAAUGAAACUAGGUGACAAAGUGUUGACAGUGUCAACCAAAGGAACACCGAAUAAGAGGGACGUUUCUGAGACGGAUAUUUAUUUGUUAGGUGCUAUAGAAAAACUUGUCUACCGUGUGGAUUACGUUGAAAAACGUUUGAGAAGAGCCGAAGAACUUUUGUAUUACGUUAUUUCUGGAUCUACUUCUAUCAAAGGUUUAAUUAAUUAUUAAUUUCAGUAUAAUUAAGACGAUUACCUUUUAUUUUUGUAUAUUUCAAUGAUUAAUUUCAAUUUUAUAGAAUCCUGUCCAACGAAUUAUACCAGUAUU